AGUCUGGUGUGUUCUCUUGUUGCAGAGUACGGUGUCUGUGAGAACCUGCGGAAGCUGGAGAUCACGGGCGUGUCAUGUCGCGACGUUUAUGCCAAGCUGCUUCAUCGAUACAGACACAUUUUGGGGCUGUGGCAGCCAGACAUCGGGCCAUAUGGAGGACUGCUGAAUGUGGUGGUGGACGGCCUGUUCAUCAUCGGCUGGAUGUACCUCCCUCCUCACGACCCCCAUGUUGGUGACCCCAUGCGAUUCAAGCCUCUGUUUAGGAUCCACCUGAUGGAAAGGCAGUCAGCCACGGUGGAAUGUAUGUACGGCCACAAAGGACCUCACAGUGGCCACAUCCAGAUCGUGAAGAAGGACGAAUUCUCUACCAAGUGCAACCAGACGGACCACCACAGGAUGUCGGGUGGGAGGCAGGAGGAGUUCCGGACCUGGCUGAGGGAGGAGUGGGGCCGCACGCUGGAGGACAUCUUCCAUGAGCACAUGCAGGAGCUGAUCCUGAUGAAGUUCAUCUACACCAGUCAGUACGACAACUGCCUGACGUAUCGCCGGAUCUACCUCCCGCCCAGCCACCCCGAUGACCUCAUCAAGCCAGGCCUCUUCAAGGGUACCUACGGCAGCCACGGCCUGGAGAUUGUGAUGCUCAGCUUCCACGGCCCACGUGCUAGGGGCACCAAGAUCACGGGUGACCCCAACAUUCCUGCUGGACAGCAGACAGUGGAGAUCGACCUGCGGCACCGCAUCCAGCUGCCGGAUGUGGAGAACCUUCGCAACUUCAAUGAGCUCUCGAGAAUCGUCCUGGAGGUCCGAGAGCAGGUGCGUCAGGAGCAGCAGCAGGAGGCUGGUGAGGGCCCUGCCUCACCCCAGGAGCCACAGUCAGCCAGGGGGUCCGACGGCUCGCUAGCUGAGGACAGCAGAGAGCCUGGCCGUGGAGUCGCAGCCGCCAAGCAGCCAGCCUCAUCUGGGCAGGGGCAGCCGUUCGUGCUGCCCGUGGGUGUGAGCUCGAGGAAUGAGGACUAUCCUCGCACCUGCAGGCUCUGUUUCUAUGGCACAGGCCUCAUCGCUGGCCACGGCUUCACCAGCCCGGAGCGCACACCCGGUGUCUUCGUCCUGUUUGAUGAGGACCGCUUUGGGUUCCUCUGGCUGGAACUAAAGUCCUUCAGCCUGUACAGCCGGGUCCAGGCUGCCUUCCAGAACGCGGAUGCACCAUCGCCACAGGCCUUCGAUGAGAUGCUGAAGAACAUCCAGUCCCUCACCUCCUGACCGUCGUGUCGCGUCCGCACCGAGCGGCGUAGGCCAGGGCCUGCUGGGGUGGAAGCAGCAUGUACUUUGGAAAUGAACACGCGCCUCCUCACUAGGGCCCCAGCGGCCCCAGACACUUUAUGUAUAGCGUGUAACAUAUUGUACAUUUGAUUUUCGGGAGCUGUGAAGGGGAAGGCUGAGCAUGUGAGAAAAAAAGGAAAGAGGAAGGAGCGGGGGGCGGGAGGGGUCUGUCUAGCUGAGUGGCCCUGACACACAAAAUCAAGCUGAGAGUGCCGUGUCCUCAGAGAGGGCUAUGACACAGCCUCCAUCCUUCCCCUGUGCAGCUGAAAUGCAUCAUGGGAGCUGUUCUGCUGCACUUGGUCCCCCUGCAUGAGCCGAGUAGUCACAGUUGGAUGUGGUCAGGUAGAGACAGGGAACAUGGUGACCAUGUGGAGUUGGCAGCAUGUCAGGUGUGGGACCCUAAGUGGAUUUUCAGUUCCUUGGAUUUUCACUGUGACCCUUUUCCCUAGUGAGAUGGGGCUGCUGCUAAGAGGUCAGCAAGGAUUGUCACUCAUCUAUCCUGGUGGCCUCUGGCCCAUGUCGCACCUGCCAAGCUGCCAUGCCACUUGCUUGUCCAGCAGACAAGACUUGCUCUGUAGAGAGCUGCCCUUCCUGUUUGCAGGCCCUGCCCUGGUCUGAUAGCACAUUGUGUCCCUGUAGGCUUUGUUUCAUGGUGUGUGCAGGUGACGGUUUUCUAGAGUCAUAGCUCUGUGUGGCAGUGCCCAUGGAGGCCACGCCAACUGAGAACUCCACUGACCCUGGGUGCCGGGCCAUUCUGAUAUCUCUGCUGGUGAUUCCUGGCUGAGGUCUUGCCACCGUUAGUGUCUCCUGAAGGCCAGAAACCCGGAGCCCAGAGCCUUGGGAACUCCCUUUGGCACCUCCUCAGCCUGUGGCUCUCCACUCUUUUAGUGGACCUCUAGGCUACCUUCCCUCCUGGUUGCUUCAAGUGGUCAGGCUGGCUGCUCAGAGCACAUCCUGUUUGUGAGGGACCCUGGAAGGUAGCUGCACGUGGGGCUUUGCACAGAGACACGAGGGUGCACAUGUCCUCCCUGACUGACCUUUGCUCCAGCCCCUGUACCCAGCACCUUCUCCCCUUGCUCCAGGAGCAGAUUACGAGAGCUUCGGGACAACAGUCGUCAUGUCCUGCCUAGCCAGGCUUGGGGACACUGGCUUACCGCCAGGUAUGUAGUGGGGUCUGCAGCCGACUGCCAGGCUGGGUCCCAACCUCUAGCAUCUUUGCAGAAUAGAGCUCAGACCUUUUGUCACCUUCCGUCCUUGUUAGUCCUGACUUUCUCCUGUGCAGAUGAGGCAGGUCCCGAACAGUGGUGAUGAGACAUGCAGCCUCAGGGACAGUGGAGACUGAUUGCUGGGUGUGUGGCCGGCUCUUCAGGCCUCGCUGUGCUCUCAGAAAAUCAAGAGGAUGCAUUUCUCCCCCAGAGCCCGAGGCUUGUGGGGGGUGGGGGUGGGGGGAAGGCCAGCAGAGCUGUCCCCUUAGCACUAAGAAGCAUAUCAAGAGCUACUACUUCAGAGUAAGAAAGGUCUCAGGUUCAGGGGUCAUACCUUCUAGUUAGUGUUUGGUGUCUGAGUGGUUCCUACUGAUGGCAUUGCCAUGGCUACUAGCCUGGCUUCUGGCUCCUGGUGUGUGGGAUCCAGGAUCUGUAGGUCUGUCCUGGUGGUUAUGGCCUGGGUGACAGCCAGUAGCUAGGAAGGCACUGCCUUAUCUGCACACCGGCUCCUCUUGGCCACUAGGAUCCUCCAGUUCGGAGAAUGUGGCUUUCUGUCCUAGGCCUCAGCCCCUUCCGGUUGAGUAGGGACAUGUGCAGGUUCCAUAAGUCACCAGCCUUGACCAUGGUGCCCCGUCCUCUGCAGGUGAGGGUUGGUAAGGGUUGACAUCGCUGUUGGAUAUAGGUGAUAACAGCUUCAGAGGAGCCUGUGCUCCCAGUGUAGAGAGCAGAGCCACGUCCACGGUGUUCCAUGGUGGCAGGUGGGUGGCAUCCCUGGUCCUCCCCACACGGCACUUUGCCGCUUUGCAGCUGAGGCUGUGUAGGAAGUUGGUGGGAAGACCUUCCAGGGUCUGCAUUUUUGACCAAGCUCUGCUGUGUGUGGAGAUCGUGUGAUUGAGGUCAGGUGCAAGGUUCCAGAGGAUGUGUCUGUGUGGGCUGGAGAUCUCUGCUGAGGACGUUGCAAAUGUCUGUGUCUAGUCCCUGAUGUGGGCAAGCCCCACAGUGUCAGGGUGCUGGCCGCCAUUGCUCAGACCUUUGACAUUGAUUGUGGUGUGUGAAUGGCUUUGGGAGUCUUGUGGGAGUUCUGGACUCCUUUUUCCCUUGGUCCUGACCCUGUGCUGGGUUCCUGGUUGCUGCUGGCUGCCAGUGGCAUGUGUUCAAGGUCUGACCCGUCUCCUCUGCAGCAACCUCGCCCCUCUUCCCGGGGUCCUCCUUGACCCUGCAUGCUGCCUGCAGCAAGGGUGGCUUAGCGGUGGCUGGCCUUGGUCAGAUGCUGUGCCAGCCAGUCCCUCCCCACUUCAUGCACAGUGGGCUUGGAGGCACGUGUCUGUUAGACUUACCAAGAACAUGGAGCUGGGCACUGUGUUCUAGACGGCACUGACUCCCACCUGCUGACUGGCUCUCCCCAGCCCACCAGCAGUUUGCUCUGUGGUCUGUAAGCUCUCACCCUACCUUCCUGUGCGCACUUGUUAGUGCUCAUGGGCAGCAGUGGAGAGGAACCACCCUCCUCAGACCUCACCCCAUGAACUCUAGGUCAUCUGAUUUCCCAGAUUCUGACUCUCUUCUUCAAGACAGUGAGGCACAGGCGACACUAAGCAUCCAGUCCUGUAAUGUGAGGCUGCCCUGCCCCCCCGGCUCCUACCUCUCCCCUGACCCCUUGUCCUGAUUGGAAAGUGUCCCUGUGUAACCCUCACCUCUGUCAGCCUCCUCAGGUUUUUGUGUUAUCAUAGGCUGGGUCUGCGGUUCUGCUGGGGAUCUGGGUAGGGUCUGUCCUACAGAGGCUUCUGCAGCAGGAGGGUGUGGCUUGGUACUGUGGGGAUUUGACUCAUUCACAGUCCAUGGCCCAUGUGGUCAGCCUUUGGUGGGCGGAGCAACCCUGAAGACAGCUGCAGGGAAGUCUGUGGGUCCUUCUGUGUUCACAGAAACCAGCCGGAGCUUCUCAGCCCAGCUUCGCUUUCGCUAGUGUUUGGGCUCACGAGCCUGUUUGGAAAAUGUGGGUUUGCUGGAGCGCCUCCAAGCCCCGGCCCAGACACAGUUCUUGACAGACCUUUCAGGUCAGCUUAGGUUUGCCUGAGGGUCACAGAGGGCCUGGAAAGAACAGCUGCUGUUGUCCCUGGCCCCGGUGUCCCCUGUGAAGUUGUCACCAGGACGUGUGGUUCUUCCUCCUUUCAGUUUUGAGUAAAUGGUUUUGAAGCCUUGCUCUGA